GAUGUUUUUGUACUCUCUGCUACAGAACAGAUUCGUGUCGCUCGGGCCUUUAAUCGAUAGCUUUGCAACAAUCUUUCCAAAAGAUGGUAGCUCACGGAAUUAAAACAAUAAAACGAAGAACAAGAACAAUUGCCUCUAUCCAAACUCGGAUAAACUAACAUUCAAGUAACUUCCUCAUAGUUUGAAAGGUGUAACCUAUUUCUUUUUUCCACUACUAUCGCUCUCGAAGGUUUACAAGAGCAAGCUUGCGCCAGUCUGAUGAAUUCACCAAACCAGGACGAAGAUGAUGUGCCCGUUAAAGACCCGGUAAAAUACGGAGAGUUGGUCAUAUUGGGGUACAAUGGUUCUCUGCCCAGUGGAGACAGGGGGAGGAGGAAGAGCCGCUUCGCUCUGUACCGGAGGACAAAGGCCAACGGAGUCAAACCCAGCACUGUUCACAUCCUCAACACACCACACGACAGCAAGGCAGUCCACAGCAGAGGGCAGCACAGCAUCUCCUUCACUCUGUCCCGCAACCAGACAGUGGUGGUGGAGUACUGCCACGACAACGACACUGACAUGUUCCAGAUUGGGCGCUCUACAGAAAGUCCAAUAGACUUUGUUGUGACGGAUACUUCAGGAGAGGGGAAGGAGGGCGAGGACCCCUCGGUGGCCCCCAGCACCAUCUCCCGCUUCGCCUGCAGGGUGGUGUGUGAACGCAACCCACCCUACACCGCACGCAUCUACGCCGCUGGCUUUGACUCCUCCAAAAACAUCUUCCUAGGGGAGAAAGCCACUAAGUGGAAGAACCCGGACGGCCACAUGGAUGGUUUGACCACCAACGGGGUGCUGGUGAUGCACCCUGAGGGCUUCCCUGAAGACAGCAGACAGGGUCUAUGGAGGGAGAUCUCUGUAUGUGGGGACGUCUAUGCCCUCCGAGAGACACGCUCCGGACCCAGCCGAGGAAAACUGGCGGAGGGAGAAAGCAGUGCCCUUCGUGAUGGUUCUCUGGUGGACCUGUGUGGAGCCACUCUGCUGUGGCGUACUGGAGAGGGCCUGCUCCGCGCUCCCACCCUCCGCCACCUGGAGGCACUGCGACAGGAGCUCAACGCUGCCCGGCCACAGUGUCCUGUAGGCCUCAGUACCCUGGCCUUCCCCAGCUUGCCACGCAGCCAUAGUCUGGAGGAGCGCCAGCCCUGGGUCUACCUCACCUGUGGACACGUGCACGGCCACCAUGACUGGGGCCAGCGUCCCGAGCGCCGGGAGGAGGGAGGAGGAGAGGGGGAGGAAGGGAUCACAACGGUCCGCCGGGAGUGCCCUCUAUGCAGGAGCGUAGGGCCCUACGUGCCCCUGUGGCUGGGGUGUGAGCCCGCCGUGUACGUGGAUGCUGGAGCUCCCACAUAUGCGUUUGUACCCUGCGGCCACGUGUGUUCGGAGAGGACAGCCAAGUACUGGGCGGAUACCCCACUGCCUCAUGGGACACAUGCUUUCCGACCCACAUGUCCCUUUUGCUCUGCUCCUCUCAGCAGCACCCCACAGGGCUGGACACGCCUCAUCUUCCAGGGCCCUAUCGACUAGCUCGGGCCCCGGGGAUCCAGACCACAACUACUACGCAAACGUGGAACCAUCCACGUCACUAAGCCAAGGGCCCAAUCCUAACUUGAGAUAAUAGUGCAGAACUAACGUGAAUAUUUCUUCCAUUUACACUGCAUCCUUGAUGUAUGAUUUUAGACAAGUGUGUGUAACUCAAACAUGUGUAAAUCAUGCGUUGAUGUCAGUUUAGGAUCUAUGUGGAAGUUUAAGUUAGACGCACAUUUCUCUCAAGGUAAGAUUUUGUCCUUAACAGAACCUCACUUCAAAAGCAAUAAGAACUCCACUAUAGCAAAGCAAUACACUCAUAGAUAAGCUAGUUGUUCCAUUAGUCAUCCAUGUUUCCAGUCUCUUCAGACAUGGCUGAAUGUUGUCUGCAGCUCAAGGGCUAAACCUGGGGUAUGUUGAAGUCACUGGAUGUUCAUAUUUAAUGGUUUCCUGGUUAAUGGUUUCCCUCUCAGCCUAAUUUUGAACCAAUAUUGUAAUGACGCUUCCAAAGUUUUUGAUUGAAUAUUCCAUUUGACAAAAUAUGAAUUUUUCUGAAAACAAAACAUUGUAAUAUUACGAAGCAGUUCACCUCGAAAUUACCAAUAACUUACUCUAUAGUAGCAAAUAUAAGUGAUGUUUGUGAACAUUCUGCAGUUUGACCACACCACAAAUUACCAAUAACUUACUCUAUAGUAGCAAAGAUAAGUGAUGUUUGUGAACAUUCUGCAGUUUGACCACACCACAAAUUACCAAUAACUUACUCUAUAGUAGCAAAGAUAAGUGAUGUUUGUGAACAUUCUGCAGUUUGACCACACCACAAAUUACCAAUAACUUACUCUAUAGUAGCAAAGAUAAGUGAUGUUUGUGAACAUUCUGCAGUUUGACCACACCACAAAUUACCAAUGACUUACUCUAUAGUAGCAAAGAUAAGGGAUGUUUGUGAACAUUCUGCCGUUUGACCACACCACAAAUUACCAAUAACUUACUCUAUAGUAGCAAAGAUAAGUGAUGUUUGUGAACAUUCUGCAGUUUGACCACACCACAAAUGACCAAUAACUUACUCUAUAGUAGCGAAGAUAAGUGAUGUUUGUGAACAUUCUGCAGUUUGACCACACCACAAAUUACCAAUAACUUACUCUAUAGUAGCAAAGAUAAGUGAUGUUUGUGAACAUUCUGCAGUUUGACCACACCACAAAUUACCAAUAACUUACUCUAUAGUAGCAAAGAUAAGUGAUGUUUCUGAACAUUCUGCAGUUUGACCACACCACAAAUUACCAAUAACUUACUCUAUAGUAGCAAAGAUAAGUGAUGUUUGUGAACAUUCUGCAGUUUGACCACACCACAAAUUACCAAUAACUUACUCUAUAGUAGCAAAGAUAAGUGAUGUUUGUGAACAUUCUGCAGUUUGACCACACCACAAAUUACCAAUAACUUACUCUAUAGUAGCAAAGAUAAGUGAUGUUUGUGAACAUUCUGCAGUUUGACCACACCACAAAUUACCAAUAACUUACUCUAUAGUAGCAAAGAUAAGUGAUGUUUGUGAACAUUCUGCAGUUUGACCACACCACAAAUGACCAAUAACUUACUCUAUAGUAGCAAAGAUAAGUGAUGUUUGUGAACAUUCUGCAGUUUGACCACACCUCAGGUUGGGAACCAAUCAGACAGACAAGGUCUUUGUCAUGUGACAAUAUAGCGGCAAGGUCAAAGGGCGUGACCUAAGGUAACCUCAUAAGACAACAGUUUUUCAAUUAAAAUGUAACUAUUUUAUUAAAAAGGGGGAUGUUUGGUGUGGGAUGGGUUAGGAUUUUAUUUAGAUGUUAAGAUACAACUAUUUUUUUAUCUUGAGUAUUGUUUUUAGUUAAAUGUGAUUUGUCAAUGUAAGCGUUUUCUGUAUGUGUAUGAAUAUUAUUAUUAUUAUGUGUGUUCGAUGAAACUGGGAGAGCUUGUGAGUGUGAGAAAAUUGCCAACACUGUGUCACACAACCAUAAAAAAUUGCCCAGACAAUGAAUGUAGCCAAAUACUCAGGCUAUACUAGCUUAGCCUUCCAAUGUGCUCGUAUUGAAUUGUUCUAUUUUAUGCUACUAUUUUUUUAUCGAAACAUUGUGAUGUAGCUGGAACAUUUCAAAUUGCUUCAAGAAGAUGAACCCGUUAAAUAACAUACCUACACUA